AUGAAAACAGAAAUUAGUAAAAUCCUUAGUUUAGGAAAGUUUUUUCAAGUAACAAGUAAUACAAAUAGCAAUAUGACAUAUGUGUUACAACCUUCAUGUACAAUUCUGAUAAAUAAUAUUUAUAUCAGCUGGCUUCGAUCUAUUCAUGCAAAGGCACAAUCACAUUUCCCUGUUUAUUUAUCGGCAGUAAAUAAGAAGGAUUUAUGCUAUGGAUUUAUUGAGAAAAUGUUUGAUACAUCCCCAAAACUUAUUGAAAUUAAUGAUAAAAGUUCCCAAUUACUAGAAAAAUCUAAAUUAAAGUUUAGCCUUAUGGUACCAAAACAAGAUGUGAUGCAGUACUUUUUUCAGUGGCAAAGAUAUAGAAAAUAUUGGUGGAGUUCUAUUACAACAACACCCAGCUUGUUUAUGGUGAAUGACAUGAAAUAUGAAGGCUCAACAGUGAAUACACAAAUUGUAGCCAAUUUUGAAAAGGGUCAAAACAUAGUGGAACAUCUCUCUAUGAUCAAAAAUAUGGACUCCAGUGACUCUGCCAGUAUUACAUGUUGUAUGUCAAUGGAAACAGCAUUGGUGUCACUUUUACUUGAUGGCAUGUCAAAUCAACACAAAUAUGGAUAUUUGAGACUACACUACAAAAUGGCGCCAUAUAAAAUAUCCUUUGCUUUACAUAGUACAGAUAAUAAAACGUUCGAUACUCUCAAGGAGCUAGCUGCAUUACUUCACAAUAAGCUCACCUUGGCGCAAAUAAAAUCGCUGCUUCCUACGUUUUCACAUCCAAUACAGCUUCAGAUAGAAGAAAACUUAAAAAUUGGUGUGCCUUACACUGCAAUCCUCAAUGAGGAAACACUCACAAAUGGGAUUUUUCAUUUACUUAACAGCAGUACUAUGUUAAAGGAGCAAGUUCAUAUCGCAGACUUUGAGGAAUAUGCAUCUUUGUUAUUUAGAUAGAAUUUGUUACAAUAAAGUAUUAAAUAUAA